AUGGCUUGGCUGUCCCAGAUGUUCGGCGGCAACGCCCGGCAGCCCAGAUACGAGUCUGUUCCCGACGAGGAAGCCGGCGACUCCUCGCGCUCGAGACCCUAUCGUCGCCGCUCCCGGACGCGCCUCCUGCUCCCUCGACAGCGCAAGGCCGCCGCUCUACUCCUCUUUAUCGACGUUCUCAUCGUCGUCACCCUCGUAGUCGUCCUCGAACCCCUCAUCACCCUUCUGCGCCGCAACGACGACCUCUUCACCCCGAAGCUCAAUCUCCACGGCGUCGCCGCCGCCCCAGACUUGCCUGGCGUCAAGCACAAGAUUCCGCGCAUCCUCCAUCAGACGACCCCAAACGAUACCAUUCCCGACAAGUGGGUAGAGUCGCAGCGCAGCUGCAAGGAGGUGUACAAGGACUAUGAGUACAUGCUCUGGACCGACAAGGGCGCCGAGGACUUCCUCGCCAAGGAAUACUCGUGGUUCGUCGACUCCUGGAACAACUACGCGUUCCCCAUUCAACGCGCCGACGCCAUCCGAUACUUUGUCCUCCACUUCUAUGGCGGCAUCUACCUCGACAUGGACACGCAGUGCAACCAGACCUUCCCUAUGCAGGAAGUCGAAAAUGACUCGUCUGACGACAUUGCCGUAUUUAAAUCCACCACACCGACCGGCGUCACCAACGACCUCAUGAUCGCUUCGAAGAACCACCCAGCUUUUACCAUGGCCGUUUCCCAGCUUCCUUACUACUACGCCUGGACGCGCCCCUGGGCUGAGUACGGCCCUUACAUCAACAUUAUGCUCUCCUCAGGCCCCCUCUUCCUAUCGCUCGUUGUCAAGGACUAUCUGCUCCAGCUUCCUAUCCCCUCGCCCACCGUUCAGGUUAUUUCACCCCCCAAUCUGGAUGGCUACAUUGAGGAUCUCGAAAGCAGCACUUGGCACCGCGCCGACGCCCAGACCCUCAUGUGGCUCGGCACUCGCCCCUGGACCUGGUUCACUAUGGGCGCCAUCGGUACCUUUUUCGGCCUCUGCAUCGUCAACUACCUCCUUCUGGCCUCUUAUGGCUUCUUUGCCCGCAGAGUCUUGAAUCUCUCGGCCAGGCUAAAGGAAGCCAAGGUGGCAUAG